GUAUCAUUCUAGCAACGACACAAAUGCGUAAUUAGCGGUUAAGAAAGUAACGCUACACUGAUAGCACGUCUUGGUGGGUCCUGUGUCGUAAAAGACUCAAUACAGGCAAGUUAGCUAAGCUAGAAGCGAGAGAUUGAGGCAGUUUAGCUGCACAGACGCUUCAGCACUCACUGACUGCUCUGUGACAGUAAAUAACCAUAUUUCGAGCAGAAAUCACUACAGUAACAGCAGGACUUGAGUGCAGAGGUAAACGCGAGCUCUUCGACUCACUCGUUGAACUUGAAGGGAAUGAGGAGGAGGGAGGGCUGAAACCCACCGUUAUUUGCGGCAGAAAUAACUGUUAUUAUAGACUCAUUCAGAUGUUGUCGGUGGAAAGCCACGGAGAGUUUAUGAAAAGAUGCUUACUAUCCCUCCAAGCCAUCAGUAGACUCCCUUUUUAAUGACAGACCCUUGUAAUAACCAUCCCGUCCUCCCAAGUCUGAAUUUCGUUCUGCUUUCACUGAGAUUUCAUCAGAGAUUUCGUCUUCAAAACAGAGCACUGACAGCUUUAUCACUGCUGUACCCAAUCCGUUUGUGAUAUCUACUCCAUUUGCAACGCUCCAGUCUCAUAUAAGUGGACUUACAGCUGGCACAGGCCCUGUACAGUUAUUACUCGACGGACUUGAGAAAUCCAUCUCCCACAAGGCCGUCACGAUUCACAACUUGCUGCACGAUCCCACUAGAAACUAACCUCAGUCUUGAUCCACGCUUGUAGGACCAGGAGCAGGUGCUUCUGAAAGCGUUCCAAGUGCCAAGAACCAUGAGUGUCCAGUGGGCAUUGUUUACAAUUGGUCUAGUCCACAGGAUGGGUGGACAGUAGGGACAGCGAGACGGUGGACUCAUGUCAUGGAAGGGGUUGUUGCAGUCGCAGUAAAUACAGAGGGAUUGAAUGGUUAUCCACAAGAACGUAAACAGACCGAGGAUCUCACCAAGGGGCACCUCAAAUGCACAACUAUCCUAAAUGGACUGACUCCAGCUAAUGGCAUCAAAGACAGUGGCAGCUUGAAUGGCAACCCUUAUCUCAAAACUGUCCCAAUCUCAGCGCUGAAACAGAAUGGACUCUUACAGUCUCUGGCAGCAGGAGGCAAUCAGACUAAAACAGAAGAGGUGAGCUUGGAGGUGGAGCGAGCACAAGAGGAGUGGGAUGCCCUGGAGAGCAUCCAACCAGUUUUUGCUGAGGAUCUCACUCCAUCACCGCUGAUCUCCUUCAAUGAGGCUUUGCAGCAUUUUCAGACCUCUGAUCUUGGAGACUUGCUUAAGAACAUUCAGCCCACCAUUCCCAGGACUGGAUUGGCCGCCAUCACCCAUUUCCUGUUCGGUCCUCCACGGCUACACAAAGACCUUGUAGAGGAGAGAGACUUAGUGUUUGCCAUCGCACAGUGUUCUCUGGAUAAUGGCCAGUCAGUCCACAUGCGUGUACUCCAGACCAUCUACAGGAAGUUGACCUGCACUCGAGCUGACUGCCCUCGCUAUGGACCACACUGGGAGAACGUGGGCUUUCAAGGUGCAGACCCUGCUACAGAUCUGAGGGGAACUGGUUUUCUGGGCCUGAUGCACACGCUCUACUUCGUCAUGGACCCAGAGAUUCUACCACUUGCUAGAGAAAUCUACAAACUCUCUCAGCAUCCAGUCCAGAAUUUUCCCUUCUGUGUGAUGUCAAUCAACAUGACACGAAUUGCCCUGCAUGCUCUCAGGGAGGAAGUGCUGUCCAAGGAGUGUAACCGAAGGCAGCAGGUCGUGGCAGUGCUGAACGACUUUUAUGUUGCAACGUUCCUGUACCUCUAUCAGGUGUGGAAGAGCCAGCAGAAAACCAUCUCUGACUCCGGCCAUGUACUCAAAGAAGUUGAGCUCUUCGCUAAGAAGAACCCCAAGCAGAUUCUCAAACGUCUCGAAGGUUACCUGAAGGAGAGACGUGACGGGACAGGACACCGAACAUCACCUGACUCACUAUCGUAUAGCAACCCUUCACCUGGUGACACUGGGUCUCGAGCGGGGAGUCAGGGCGGGAAGGAGGACAAAGAGAUGAACUUCACCGGAGUGUGUGAGCUGCCACCUGAGAUGGAGGGCGAGGCGAGACUCAUCUGAGAGACCGAGAGGGAUUCGAUUUGUACAGUCUCAGCUAUCUCUUGUGCUCGAAGUUUGUUGUUCUCUCUGUUUCUUGGUUUCUUUUCUGUCCUUUCAUGCUUAAGUACACUCAGAAACAAGUCUGUGUUGUAACUGUAGUCGCUUA